UAUUUGAAGGAGCUGAUUACGAAAACCGGUUUCUGUUUGGUUUGGAGCUACUUUCGGGAAAGAUAUCUUGCAAAUUGAAGAGUUAUGUCCCCAUUCUGGAGUCGGCAUCGGAGAUGGAAAGGAAAAAAAGAACAAAAAAAAAAAUUUUGAGUGAAGAGAUUCAGUUAAUCAUUGAAUAAGAAUAGACAGGGUUAAAGAGACUGGAUAUCAUUUUCAUUAUGAGGGAGUAUAUAAUAGCAUUUGCACAGGCAUAUCCGAACUUCAGACAAGCGGAGCUUGAGUCUUUGGCGGAUUAUCAUGGGAUCAAGCUCGACAUAUCUCAUCACGAUGAGACUAACCCAUUUUUAAUAGUAAAGUUAAAUAACGAUGAAGAGGCUCGUAAGAUUUUAGAGCGUUCUAUUCUUGCUAAAGGAAUAUAUGAGUUGUGGGGUCAAGGGUCCACUUAUGAAGACUUACAUGAGGAUGUUCAAAAGAGAUCACGGGAUAAGUUUGAAGACUACAAACAAGUUUCAUUUAAAUUUGAUUUUGUUACCUAUAUGGGAUCCAGAUCUAAUAGGCAAAAAUGUGAAAUCAUUGAGUCAUUUUCAUAUUUAGCAUUUGAGGGACCAAUUCGUAUGAAGAACCCCGAUGUCAUAUUCAGUGUUCUAGAAGAGUAUCAUGUAUCUGGUAACGAAAAGGCAACAACCCCAAUUAACUUAUGGUUUGGUAGAGAAAUUCAAUUAAGUGCUAGAUCGGCCAACGUUUUAGAUAAAUACGAUUUGAAACGUAGAAAAUAUAUUGGUACAACCUCAUUUGAUGCCGAAUUAUCAUUGGUCAGUUGUAAUAUUGGUCAAGUUGGUCCAGGCAAGAUUGUUUAUGAUCCAUUCACUGGAACAGGUUCCUUCUUGGUUGCUGCUGCCAACUUUGGUGGUUUAGCUCUUGGAUCUGAUAUCGACGCUCGUAUGAUUAAAGGGAAAAGUGAACAGUGCAAUAUAAAAUCUAAUUUCAAACAAUAUAAUACAUCUUUAAAUUUUAUUGAUGCACUCACCAUGGAUUUCACUAAUAAUGCAGUCCGUUCUGAUUUCGUAAUAAAUACAAUCGUCUGUGAUCCACCCUACGGUGUUAGGGAGGGUCUUAAAGUUUGUGGAAUUAAUAAUCCUGAAAAAGCUGCAAGAAGAGAGAAAGUUAUAAUUGAUGGUGAAAAAGCCCAUUUAAGGAAAGAUUACAUUCCACCCAAAAAAGCUUACGAAUUAUCAAACUUAUUAGAAGAUUUAUUAAAUUUUGCUGCAUUUAGAUUACCCGUGGGUGGUCGUUUAGCAUUUUGGAUGCCAACUGCAAAUGAUGAUUUCCAAGUUCAUAAUUUACCUCAGCAUGAAAAAUUAGAAUUGGUUUAUAAUUUGGAACAAGAAUUCAAUAAAUGGUCUAGAAGACUCUUGGUUUAUGUUAAAAGAGGUGAUGAUUAUAAAGGUGAAACCGUCAAUGGUUUGAAAGUAAACCAUAUUAAAAAUUUUAGAGAGAGAUACUUCAAGGGGUUCAGUCAAAAAAGUAGAUAAUCAAUCUGUUAUCCCGUACUAAUAACUAAUUAACUCCUGGGCUUCAUCAGACUCCCUUGCUGUUUGGUCAAACUUGAUAAAUGGGAAAAUAACUCUAUUCGCUUCCUUUUAUGUGCAUAGCAAAAUACGGUAAAGAUCUCUUUAUCCCUAGAUCAUUAUACAUGAUUCCGGCCGUUUUUCUCCAAUACUAAUACAGCUGUCGGUCUCUAAACCCAUCUUUACUAUUCUAGGCAUUGUAUAAUUCAUAGACUUUUCAAC